AUGUCCAAGUGCACAGCAUCCGAGUCUCAUGGUGAUGAACCUAUCCCGAAACGUGUCAGGUUGAUCAGUCAUUCAGACUGCAGGAUGAUGUUCAUCAAUGCCAACUCACAAGAAUCAGAUUUGCAAUCCGUCAUCUCGCAAGAUCGAGAACACCAAGAAAUCCUUGAGCAUAGCCAGGCCAAUGCUUUCACAAUACUAAAUGAGAAUCAUCAGAAAGAACUUGCCGAGUCCCAGGCAAAAAACCUGUCACCACACACAAAUAUUGUCGGGUUUUUGAUAAUUCCUGAUGUGAAUUCAGAUUCUGAUGGAGACAAGGGAUCUGAGCCCCCCCUGACCUCGCUAUUAGCCAAUAUUCCAAUUCAGAAUGCCACCGUCAGCAUGCUCAUUGAGGCGCUCACAAAGGUUCUGAUUCUAUUGCAGACAACAUCUCCAAGAGCAGCUCAAUUGAAACACAAAUCCCAUGAGCCUCCUACCGAGAACUUCACUGAUGUCCAGCGCCAAAAUAAUAAAGCCAAUGUUUGGGAGCUAUUUUACAUGGUAUUCAAUUUUGUGAAAGAUGAUAAGUAUAUGCUUCAUGUCACUGCAUUGUGCAAAGCCAUAUUGUCUUUUAUGCGCGGACUAGGCACGGGCCCUGACCAUCUCAAAUUGCACUGGGAUAUGAUGACCACACACAAAUCUCAAUGGAACCAAAAAGUAAUCGAUAUUCUCUGUACCCAGUACACUUACAUGUUUGAGAAGAGCCAAUUGGUCUCAAGAUCUUGUCAACCCAUCAUAGACGAUAUCACAAAGAAGUUUCAUCAAUGUCGCAGUUCCUGGAGAAAAGCCCAGCCUUGUAUGCUCAGCGAUGGCGCUCGUGAAACUAUGCAAGAAGUAGGAGAUCAACUCGUGAAUCAGACCAACAAGUGA